AUGACAAAGUUGUGGCGAAAGUACAUCUUGUGGUUUGCCCAAGAGCAUGUCGAAUUCCGAAUAUCCGAGUUUCAGUCAAUCGUUAAGAUGUUCGGAAUUCAAUUUCGGCCGGUUACCGAACAGACACUGAAACCCUUUUGGCUGGUGGAGUUCCCUGAUGAGAAGACAGCCUUGCUCUACGCCUCCCGGUCCAUUGCCCUUCGCGCUAUUUUCGAGCUCUACGCGCACUCCAACAAGUUUCCCCAGUUUCACGAAAGUCUCCGUGCCCAUGUUGACGAAAACAAGGAUGAGUUGGCGACAUACUUUCGGCCUGAUACCAGCUUUAAAAUCACAGUGGAGACAUACAAUAAACACUUCAGCCAGCGAGAAAAAAUAGAGAAAAUUGAGACGAUGGAUUACCUCCCCAUAGAGGGACCAGUUAACUUAAAAAAUCCCAGCGUGGAAUGGUGGUACAUCGAGUUCUGGGGCUUGGACCCCACUGCUGUACCGCCAGAGCCCGAGGAUAUCUUGUUUGGCCGUCUUCUGGCGCAUGGACAGCGUCAUUUGAUCAAGGAAUUGUCCUUAAAGCAGAGAAAGUUCAUAGGAAACACCAGUAUGGACGCGCAGCUUAGCCUGUUGAUGGCCAAUCAGGCAAUGGUGAAGGAGGGCGAUCUCGUAUUUGACCCAUUUGUAGGCACGGGAUCGUUGCUGGUGAGCGCUGCCAAGUGGGGUGGCUAUGUCCUAGGAGCUGACAUAGACUACAUGAUGGUGCACGCCCGCUGCCGACCCAGCCGGAUAAGCCAAAAGAUCCGCGAAAAGGAUGAAAGCAUUCGUGCGAAUCUGAAGCAGUACGGAUGCGCUGACCGUUACAUGGAUGUGGUGGUGGCGGACUUCUCCAACCCGUUGUGGCAUCCCCGCAUCUCAUUCGACUGUAUCAUCACAGACCCGCCCUACGGAAUUCGAGAAGCCACCGAGAAGGUGGAAACGAAAGCGAAUAGCAAAGACAGCACGAGGACCGAUGACAUGGUGCACUAUCCAUCAACAUCACACUACUCGCUACAGAGUCUGUACGGCGACUUGCUUGAGUUCGCUGCAAAGCAUUUGAGACUAGGUGGACGCCUAGUUUGUUGGCUUCCAUUCCACCGCGAAGACUAUAACCCAGAAAUGGUUCCGCAACAUAAUAAUCUGACUCUAGUGGCUAACUCCGAACAGAGAUUAACUGGCAACACAUCGCGACGGCUACUAACAUACGAAAAGCACAGCCAGUACAGUGUACCCGAAACGACGCAGCUCCCGGUGGCGACUCCGUCAGAGGACUUCAGAGAUCGGUAUUUCAACAGUGCCGUAGAAUCGCGGAAAGAACGUCGAAUGCGGAAGGCUGAGCAACGAGAGCUGGGAAGAGCAGAGAUGGAGCUGCGUGGCAAAGUUCCAUCCGACGGGCGCGCCAAGAAGUGCGAGUUGAACAAGGCUAGAUUUAACUAAUAAAUAGAUAUUUUA